CCCUCGUCAGCCUAAAUAUUGUAAAUAUAAUGAUUAGAAUUAUCAAACUACAUAUUUUUUCUUGUUGGUAAUUAUUCCAUUUGUCAUUUUGAAGUUUCCAUUUUACGUGGAUUUUUUGGACCAUAAGAGUAUAAACUUCACUUUGCGGAUAGAAGUAAAAGCAAAAUGCAGAUCUUUGUGAAGACUUUGACGGGGAAAACGAUCACUCUCGAAGUAGAGUCAUCGGAUUCAAUUGAAAAUGUUAAAUCCAAAAUUCAAGAUAAAGAAGGUAUUCCUCCGGAUCAGCAGCGUUUGAUAUUUGCCGGCAAACAACUUGAAGAUGGGCGCACUCUGUCAGAUUACAACAUUCAAAAAGAAUCUACCCUUCACUUGGUUCUUAGAUUGAGAGGUGGUGCUAAGAAACGUAAGAAGAAGAAUUAUUCUACACCCAAAAAGAUCAAGCACAAGAAAAGGAAGAUUAAGUUAGCUGUGUUGAAAUUUUACAAAGUUGAUGAAAAUGGUAAAGUUAUCCGUUUGAAGAAAGAAUGUACUUCUGAAAAUUGUGGUCCCGGUGUGUUCAUGGCUGACAUGCCAAAUAGGCAUUACUGUGGCAAAUGCUCAGCUACUGUACCUAAGUAGAGAUGACAUUUGUAUAUUUUAAUACUUAAUAUAUAAUUAAAAAAAAAAAAUUUUGUUUUAGUAUUUAUUAUCCAUUUUGAAUACAAAUCUUUAUCCAGUAUAAUAACUUAUAAAUCAGAUUUUCAUAUACUAAUAAUUGUUUAAUAAUUUAAAGUCUUAAUUUUUUUAUAAUUUAUUUGUCAUGUGCUUGUGAACAAAUUCAUUACCAGGUGUAUUUUAAUAAUAAUUAUAUGUGUAUCUAUCAAUUAAGAUGGAUCUGAUUAAUAUCUUUAAUAUUAGAAUAAGUUCAUCAUCAAAAUUAAAGGCUCAAACAUUAUCAAUGAUAUAGUGUUGGGUUAUUUUUGAUAUUUUAA